GGUACAAUGUUCCGGCAAAUAUGUCGUGUUACGCAUGUAUGAUGAUUUUUUAAACGGAAGGUCAAAAUCUACACCAGCCGUUCCCGAUUUUUUUAUUCAUCGUGUACGUAUUAUUAUUUUAUUAUUAUUCUAACAACAAACAGCUAUGAGUUGCAAAGUGAAUUAUGCGCUUGUGCUCGCUGCGUUCGUCCAUUGUGCGUUCUGUGAUAUAGGUUUCAAUCCUAAAUGGUCGUCGAUCCCUGUGUCCAUCCAAGCUUUAUCGCCAUUAAGAAGUAAUUUGAAAGCGAGGGACCCCUUAGAUGAACUGAACGAAGUAGAAACAGGGUACAGGGAGAAAAGGGCAAUAUGUCCUCCGAACAGCCAGUGCAUUCCACUAUCGGCUUGUCCGAUCCUCACAACUGUCUUGAGCAACGAAUGCGUUUUAACUAAUCGGAUAGGAGAAUUGGGUUGCGGGUAUCAGGGUUCGGGACUGGUUUGCUGUCCACAAGCCGACGGUUCAUCUAAAGUGUCCUCUCCAGGUAAAUUCGUGGAUGGACAGAGGUGUGGACAAUCCCAAGUCGAAGGAGACGGGUAUGACGGGAUCGGAGCCUAUCCGUGGGUGGCACGUAUAGGAUUUAGAAACGUACUGACCGGCGAAGUGAAAUUCCCAUGCACGGGAUCCAUCAUCAACAACAAAGUCGUACUCACGGCCGCGCACUGCGCAUUAGCGAAAGCUGAUAAUUAUAAGCUGUACAUAGUGCGGGUGGGAGAAUGGAUGGCCAAUUCGGAUAUAGACUGCGGGGAUGAAUUCUGCGGGUUGCCUGUACAAGAUAUCGCGAUAAGUCACGUGGUGGUUCAUCCAGGAUACGAGAAGCAAACGUAUAAACAUAAUAUAGCAUUGUUGGUGCUCAGAAACAAACUGAAUUAUACCGUGACCGCUCAGCCGAUCUGUUUACCGGAAUCGUGGUCGGUAACAAACAAUAAUGGAAUUCUGGUCGGAUGGGGAAAGACUGCCGGCCAGAGAGAGACGCCUUUUCGUCAACAGACUCUAUUCCUUCCAAUCAUAAGCCUGAGGGAAUGCGAACGGGUUUACGGGAAAACCUUACCCGUAUCUGAAGACCAGGUGUGCGCUGGUGGAGAGCCCGGUCAAGACGCAUGCAGUGGGUUCGGUGGAGCUCCUCUUCUAGUAAAGCAUGGAGAUACGUAUUAUCAGGUGGGAAUAUUAUCGUUCGGAUCGGAUCAAUGUGGGGCGGCAGGCGUGCCAAGCGUCUACACCAACAUCAAGAAAUACAUAUCUUGGAUACGGGAAAAUUCCCCGAAACCCAUUUAACACUUAAAGCGUUUUUACUACCUUAAGGAUAUGCAAAUUGGAUUCGUAGAAAUAAAACCAGUCGAAGUCGA